AUGUCAACAAGUGUUAUUCCAAUUAAAUUGGUGUUCAUUGGCGACAAUAACGUUGGUAAAACAUCGCUCUGUCUUUCAUAUGUCAAUAUAUAUAAUGAUGUUAAAAAUUCGUACUUCCCAAAUGUUUUUGGAAUUAAUAAAGUCUGUAAUUCUUAUGAUAAACGAAAAUUUGAAAUAUCAUUUUUAGACACCAAUGAUACAAAUGACCUUAAUCGAUUAGAACGAUUGUCUUAUUUUAACAAUAUUGUAUUUUU